AUGUCGUCAACCCAUUCACACAAGAGGAAGAAUAGUCAUCUCUUUCUACAAAGGAGAAAUUCAAGUUCCGCUGAUAUGACCUCUUAUGAAAUGAACAACAUGUAUGGCAACAGCAACAACGACAGCAACGACACAAAAAAUAGCAACGAAACGGAGCUUCGAGAGCAAUCUUCAGAUGAUAGGACGUUUGCAAGGGCUCAAAGUGAGGAUAUAGAAAAUCAACUCCUACCGAGCCCUUCGUUAAACUGGCAAUUCAAGACACAUGCACAAAAAUUCAAGAAAAAAGGCAUAGUCAUAACAUUUACAAUAGUAUCACUGGUAUUACUGGCGCUGUUUCUAAUACCUAUAAGCCGUCUUGUCAGGACCCCCGGAAAGGUUAAUAACAACUUUUCAAAGAGAUCAUUCACCAUCGAUCAAGUAUUAAAGGGUGAAUUUCUUUAUGAGGAGAAAGACUUUCAUUUCAUAAGGCCACCUUCUCUUUUAUUGAGUCAUGAUGCCGAUCCUGGGCUCUAUCUCACAGUUGAUAACACUGGGGAUGGGGAGUUUCUUGUGGCAAAACAAUUGUUCAGCGAUUCAUUUUCAAUUAACUUGGGGAAGACAAGUAUCAACUAUAAUGACAUAGAGUAUAUUAUCAAAAAGGUUAAGGUCAAUUAUGCUCUCGAUAAGAUGAUUAUUGGCAUUAACAUAAAACAUGAGUAUCGACACUCUUCUAAAGGGCUAUAUUUCCUUAAAGAUUUAAAAACCGAUACCAUUAAUCCAAUCUCUCCUCUAUCCACUGGUGAGCCAGCUGAUAUUUCUUAUGUUCAUUUUUCGCCUUGUUAUAAUUUCAUUUACUAUGUGUUCGAAAAUAAUUUGUAUGUUCAGAAUCUUCAUUCAGGUAGACCAGCGAUGCAAAUAACUCAAGACGGGUCCAGCGAUAUUUUUAAUGGUAGGCCAGACUGGAUAUACGAGGAAGAAAUAUUUUCAAAUGAAAAGGCUGUAUGGUGGGCUCCCGAUGACUCAAAACUGGUAUUUGCAAAAAUUAAUGAUACAGAAGUCCUAGACUAUUACAUUCCAAAGUAUACAAAUGAAGACAAUAGUGCGUCGAUCUGUAAGCUCAAAUAUCCUAGACCUGGCACCAAAAAUCCAAAAAUAUCCCUUCUAAUGCUUGAUCUGCAAGUUGGCACAGUAUACGCGUUGAACUUAAUAGAUGAACGAAAUGAAAAUGAUAAACCUUUCAAAGAUCUAAUAAUUUAUGAUGCAAAUUGGAUAGACCCAAACACUUUCCUGUUUAAAAUAGCUGACAGAACAUCCAAAAAAAUGCUAGUGAAAGUGUACGAAAAACAUCCCGACUUUGAAUCAUUGGACACAGUUAGAAUGUUGGAUGCCACGCAAUAUGGGGGCUGGAUCGAGAAGACAAGGAGAAUUUUACCAAUUCCACCAAAUGUGGAACUAGGAAGAAGGACCUAUGGCUAUGUAGACAUUGAAACAGAUGCCUCUGGGUUCAAUCAUUUAUUUUACUAUGAUACAUCCAAAGCAACAGAAGGUAAACAAAUAACAAGCGGCGACUGGGAAGUGACAGGGAGAGGCAUAGUUGGAUAUGAGUACGAAUCUGAUACAAUUUUUUUUACAGCAAACGCAAUUGGUCAAAUGUCUCAACAUCUGUACGGUGUAGCCUUCAAUUUGAAUGGCGACUCUGAAAUAAGGACUUUUCAAAAUCCAGAAUCAAAAGAAGAUUUCUAUGACUAUGAAUUGAGUUCAAGCGGUAACUUUGCCUUAAUGAGGAAAUUAGGUCCGGGGGUGCCUUUUACGGCGGCUGGGCUUUUGAUAGACGUUUUUGAUGCAAAUAAUAUUCAUGAUAUGCACACAAUUACUCUAAUUGACAACACAACGAUUGAAGAAAGUCUAGUAAAAUAUGAUUUACCUCAUAAAAGGUAUAGUAGCAUGGUAAUAGAGGAUAAUGUGAGAAUCAAUUACGUGGAAAUAAGGCCCGCACAUUUGGAUGUUGACAGAAAAUAUCCAGUUUUAGUCAGUGUCUACGGGGGCCCUGGCUCGCAAACUUAUACCACCAAACAUUCCGUCUUUUUCGAAGAGGCGGUUUCCUCUGGCUUGAAUGCUAUUGUUCUUGAAAUUGAACCUAGAGGUACUGGGGGAAAAGGUUGGGCAUUCAAAAAAUGGGCAACUGAACGAAUAGGUUAUUGGGAGCCUCGGGAUAUUACCGAAGUAACUAAGAGAUAUAUUGCUCAAAAUCGCAACAUGAUUGACGAAGACCACAUUGCUGUAUGGGGAUGGUCAUACGGUGGCUUUUCCACAUUAAAGACUGUAGAGUAUGACAGCGGACAGGUGUUCAAAUACGCAAUGGCUGUUGCUCCUGUGACAAACUGGAGCUAUUACGAUUCAUUUUAUUCAGAAAGGUACAUCGGUGAUCCCAUAGUCAAUUACAAAACAUACAGAGAUACCGCAGCAGUCAUAAAUGUUGAAAACUUCAAAAAACUGGAGAGAUUUUUAAUAAUACAUGGUACUGCAGAUGAUAACGUACACAUACGAAACACUUACGAGUUUAUUGAUAAGCUUAAUACGCUGAACAUUGAGAAUUACGAUAUGCACAUAUUCCCGGACUCUGACCAUUCUAUUCAAUUUCAUAACUCCCAACAAAUUGUCUUUAGAAAGUUGUAUUACUGGUUGCAAGGUGCAUUCAACGGUCAUUAUAAACAUCUGGAGACUGCAGUAAAAUAG